AUGUCCCAAGGACUUCACGGAGUUCUGGCAGGGAACUUCAAUUGCAGCAGUCUUCCAUUCAGUUUCGUAGACACCAAUGAAUUCAAAAGACCCGGAAACUUCCCCACUUCUGCCCCGGACAACAUCACGUCGACUUUCUCGCCCUCAACUCCAUCCACGUCCACGGGUUGCAUUCAGUUCCCUUUCAUUGAAAAGCCAUCCGAAGGCCAAACCAAUGGGGAUUCGAGUACUGUAAAGGAGAAACUUUUGGCUGCACUGAAGGAGAUAAUCCCACACAAAACGAGCCUCAAUUUGCGCAUGCUUGUGACUUAUACUGUGGAUAAUGCCACGUCAGAUGUGAUCGUUAUUGACGAAACUGUUAACCGAAAGGAACCCGAGCUUCCAUCUCGGGCACCUGCAGGCAAUAUAUUGGAUCUUUCACAGAAAUCAGAAGACCCUGCAAAAGCCCCUGUCUUAGCCAUCGAUUCCAACUUGGUCAGCAUGCUACAGAAACCCACAGCACCAAUCUUUAAUGUGGUUUCGAACACUGGUACACCAGUAAGUCUAGCUCAGCCCACGAACACACCGCCACCCCCACCACCACUGAAUCCUGAAGCCGCACUUAUGAUGCUUCAAACCAUUCUUAAUGGAGGCGGUCAAGGUCAGUUUGGUUCCCUUAGUUUUCCCGUUCCCACGUCUUUUGCGACUUCCCAACAUCUCCCGGGUGACAUUGUUCCCAACGUCACUAUCAUGACCAACGAAAACAUUUUACCAACUUUUCCCUUUGGUGCGAAGGUCGAAACGAUGGUUAACCAGAAGACCGAGAGUGGAAGCGGGAGUUCCUCCCCCCUUUCUAAUCACGAGGGCUCGUCGACUCCGUUAGCCUUCAGGGCUCACCAAAGAAAUUCCAGUUCGGGUGGGUCAGGCGGCUUUAGUCGUCGUUAUAUGCAUCCACGGCGUUUUAUUUGCAACCAGUGUAGACAGCAAUUUUCUUCUCUGGCUGAGCUGAAUCGACAUACACUGGAGCUUCACAACUCAUUCAGGUGCAACUUUUGCAAAGCAAAAUUUACUCAGCGAUCAAAUCUUCAACGUCAUUCUCUAAAGCAUGUUGGUUUCAAACCCUUCACUUGCAAUAUUUGCUUAAAAGAAUACUACCGGAAGGACCAUUUGGUUCGGCACAUUGAAGUCACGCAUCCAAAUGUGGACCCUAGGAUUAAUAUCACCACACGGCUGACCUCAUCCGAAUGCCUUGACUUCCUAGACAAUUUGCAUGUCUACGGUGGUGCAGAUUCACCUUUUGUUGAAGCCGGAGUUGAUGUCAAACCGAUGUUAAUCGAUGGGUCCAAGCCCCUUUCUGUAAAAGUCGAGGAAACUUCCAGACAAGAGGAAAGCAGUUCCGACAGUGGAACAGUCGGUCUGGUGGUUGACAAAGCUGGAGUUGAACAGAAUUCUGAGGUCGAUCCAGGAACUGAUCAGGAGAUGCAUGAGCCCGUGAAACAAGAUCCCCCAAUAUCACCUAUUGAAAAAACCGCCCAGUUGCAAGAUUCAGAUACUUAG